GCACCGUGAGAAGAUGAACGGGAAGCGGCCGGCGGAUCCUGGCCCAGCGCGGCCAAUGAAGAAGGGAAAGAAGCAGGUAUCGGCAGAGUUUUCGGACGCUGUCACUGAAGAAAUCCUGAGGAAGCAGGUGGCUGAGGCCUGGAGCUGCCGGACACCGUUCAGCCAUGACAUACAGAAGAGAGGAAAGACCAGGGUGCUAUUUUCCUUCCAACAGAAGCUAUUGCCUUGGACAUGGAUCCUUUCCUUCACUGUGUGAUCCCAAACUUCAUCCAAAGCCAAGACUUCUUGGAAGGACUUCACAAAGAGCUUUUGAGCCUGGACUUCCAUGAAAAGUACAAUGAUUUAUAUAAGUUCCAACAGAAGGCAGCCCUGUCUAGCACAGAAGUACAAGUCGUUGGUUUCCCCAGUAUGAAGCCAUCUUUAACAUGUGGAUCAUCGCUCUCUCAUAAACUCUCUAGGCUUGUCAGGGUUGAAAAAUUCAGAAAGGGGCUGCAGAGAUGGCUGAGCAGUCUGAUGAUUUGAAGAACCGAAAAGAGCCCCAUAUCUCAGCUUUAAGGAAACUUAUGUUUGAAGAUUUUCGGGCCUGGCUUUCUAAGGUUUCCGGCAUUGACCUAGAACCAACCAUUGACAUGUCGUGUGCGAAAUACGAGUUCACUGAUGCUCUGCUCUGCCAUGAUGAUGAACUGGAGGGGCGCCGGAUCGCUUUCAUUCUGUACCUGGUUCCUUCUUGGGACAGGGACUUGGGGGGCACCCUGGACCUUUAUGACACUGAUGAACACUUGCAGCCAAAGCAGAUUGUCAAGUCUCUUAUCCCUUCCUGGAACAAACUGGUUUUCUUUGAAGUGUCUCCAGUAUCCUUUCACCAGGUGUCUGAAGUCCUGUCUGAAGAAACAUCACGUUUGUCUAUAAGUGGCUGGUUUUAUGGUCCUUCAUUAACCAGGCCUCCUACCUACUUUGAGCCCCCAAUCCCUCGAAACCCUCACAUCCCACAAGAUCAUGAAAUUUUAUAUGAGUGGAUCAACCCUGCUUACCUGGAAAUGGAUUAUCAAAUGCAAAUUCAAGAAGAAUUUGAAGAAAGGUCUGAAAUUCUCCUGAAGGAGUUUCUUAAGCCUGAGAAAUUUGCAGAGGUCUGUGAAGCCUUGGAGAAAGGAGAUGUGGAAUGGAAAAGCCAUGGUCCCCCAAACAAAAGGUUUUAUGAGAAAGCAGAAGAAAAUAACCUCCCUGACGUGCUGAAGGAAUGCAUGGGCCUGUUCCGCUCUGAGGCGCUCUUCCUGCUGCUCUCCAACCUCACUGGCCUGAAGCUUCACUUCUUGGCCCCUUCAGAAGAUGAUGAGACUGAGGAGAAAGGAGAGGGGGAGACAGCCAGUGCUGCUGCUGGCACUGAAGAAGGGACUAGCCGACGCCCCUCGGGGCCAGAGAAUAAUCAGGUGGCCGCUGGCAGUCACAGUCAAGAGAACGGUGAACAGGCAGACCCAGAAGCACAGGAAGAGGAAGCAAAGAAAGAAUCGAGCGUUCCCAUGUGCCAGGGGGAGCUGAGGCGUUGGAAGACUGGCCAUUACACAUUAGUCCACGACAACACCAAGACUGAAUUUGCCCUGGACCUGUUUCUGUACUGUGGCUGUGAAGGCUGGGAGCCCGAAUAUGGCGGCUUUACCUCCUACAUUGCUAAAGGUGAAGAUGAAGAGCUGCUCAUAGUGAAUCCAGAAAACAACUCUUUGGCGUUGGUCUACAGAGACAGAGAAACGCUGAGGUUUGUGAAACACAUCAACCACCGCAGCCUAGAGCAGAGCAAAGCCUUCCCAAGCAGAAGCGGCUUCUGGGACUUCGCAUUCAUCUACUAUGAGUAACAAGAUGGGGCAGAGCCAGCUAGCAUUCACUCCACCAGUGCCAGGAACAUGGGGUCUUCGUGGAGUGAGGGAGAGUGGGGCAUGCUGGGUAACAGCGUCCUCCGAGCAGGCUGUCCUUGCAGGCUGUGUGGGUGCACACCUGUGAUGCCAGCCUCGGGAGGCAGAGAAAGGGGACCUUCAGUUCCCAAGGUCAGUGUGGCUUACACGGUGAGACCCUGUCCCCAAGCAAAACAACUCUUGGUCAUCCUUUCAGAAAAUUCAUCUAGACCUCAUGCUAGAGCUAUGUACUCGUCCCUGGGUUGCAGAAAAAAAUGUUUUCCCCCAUUGCAAUUCUCUUCGUUCUGUAGUAACUGCCUUGGCGACUUUCUAACUUUGGUGAUUUUUUUUUUAAUUUAUGGUGUAUAUACAAAAUUUAGCAGGGUCACUUUUUUUUGGCUUAGAGUUUGGUUUGGUUUGGUUUGGUUUCUUUUGACAGGGUUGUACUAUGUAGCCCAGGCUAGCUCUGAAGUACUGAUUCUGCCACCUCAACCUCCUAAGUGCUGGAAUUGCAGGCAUGAGCCACUGCACCAGUUCCUGCAUGUGCAGUCCGUGGAAUUGAGCAUACUGAAGUGCUCCAAAGCACCCGUCACUGCCAUCUGGAAAACACCCAGACCUCAUAGGAAGUGGAAAUGGUUUUCUGUCUUCCCAUAGGGGAGUGCUACUGCCCUUCUUUGAUGACUGUUCGCCUCAUGAGUGAAUCGUGCAGUGGGUCUCGCUUCCUGAUUGGCUUGUUUCACUUAGCACAGCGUCCUCAAGGCCUAUCAGUGUUUUUCUUCUUCACUCCUAAGUAGUUGUAGAAACUUGCUGAGCCCGAGAGCUGUGACACACGGUGCUCCCACUGUGGGCUGAGCUCCACCCUGACUCUGAGGAUAGGGUACCCUCGGGGAGGUAGUGUUGCUCUUUUGGAAGAGGUCUGCCUGAAACCUAACAUAGCUCCAGGAAUUCCAUAGCUGCUUACUGCCCUAUGUAUUUCCUCUCGUCUACUGCCUUCCAGACCUGGCAUCGUGGCUUCUCUGAGUCUAGCCUCCCAGUGACUAUGCGUUCCUAAAUGCUGGAAGGCCGGGUGUGGAACUUGCUGCCUUUCCCUUCCUUUUGAAAGACCCCCGUGCUAAAAGGCAGUGUCAGGAGGAGAAGUUCAGGAGGAGAAGCCCUCCUUUUGUCUCUGGUCUUUCCCCUGAACUGCUCCAUGGGGCUGUGGCACAGCUCUUCCCAUUGUGGGGGUGUGCAUGAUGGCUGAGAGAUGUCCUCACACCACCCCACACCACAUCUAUUUGCUGCUUUCUUGGUUCCUGACUAUCCUUGCAGGUUUCAGUGUGGACUUUACUUAUCGGUAGGAAAAACGCUGGACCUUUAAGUAUCUUAUUCACACUUCUCUGACGUCCUAAAAGUCCAUCCAAAUGCAUUCUGUCUUUUACAUUGGCUUUCAAUUUGUUUUGUUUACCCAGUCAGUAAAACACACUUUAACAUUCAUAUCCUAGUAGAUACUUACAAGUUUUAUAUGUUUUGGUAUUAAUCAUAAAACAAAGUAAUUUUUAAAUAAUGACAUGAGAAUAUCCAGACCUAAACUGAGGGGACAUACUUUAAUCCCAGCUUUUGGAAGGUAGAGGCAAGAGGAUUAAGAGUUCAAGACUAUCCUCAGCCACACAGCGAGUUUAAGGCCAGCCUGGGCAGCAGUACACCUUGCCUCAAAAACAAAGAUGGAGCCAGGAGUGGGAAGCACGCAUCUUUAUUCUAGCACUCAGGAGGCAGAGGCAGGCAGAUGUGUGAAUUCAAGGCCAGCCUGGUCUACAAAGAGAGUUUCAGGACAGUCAGAGCUAUAUAGUGAAACCCUGAUUCAAAAAUUAAAAACAAAAGACUCUCCAGACCUAGUUUGAGAGUUGUCUUCCCACGCCAGGCAGUGACCAAUGACAGGCUGUUGCCCACGCAUACUGUUGUAGACUCCACCGCACUUUAAUCCAGAGUAGUGCUCAAGUUGGACUACGCAUACUUUGUUGCUAACGGUUACUUUUGAAGCUUGCCUUUUCUGAACUGCUGCAGACUAAAGGCAGGCCCACUCCCCCACCCAUCCCACCCUCACUCCCCACCCCCCAUUGAAGUGCCUGAGUGGGAAGAACUCUGAAGGGUCCCUCUGUCUUUGCAGAGCCUCCUGGUCUGCAAGAACAAUAGAACCUACAGGUUGCCUUUCUGCUCUAGUGAGCAGCUGCGUUUUUCAGUUGCCAUGUGCCGCAUUGUUGAUGUAUGGGUGAGACAGAUGGUGUAUGACAGUGAGCCCGUACGUCUACAGUGGAGCUGAAAGAUGCCUGAAUUCCAAAUCACUCAAAGUCACCGAGAGGCUAGGGAGAACAGGCAGCUGUGCACACAACUGUCACUCACAGGCCACCACCUUAUGUGUUCACUCACAUGACCUGCUCAGAGUGUGUGCUGUUAAAGCGCUAACUCCCAUGUGCAGACAACACAGGUGGAAAGCAGUGAGAAUGAAGACAAUCAAUAAGUGUAUGGGCCUGUGUGUGUGUGUGUGUGUGUUAGUAUUAACAGAAAAUUCAGAAAGGUUAAAAAUGAAAAUAACUCAAAAUAUUUUUGUACAGCUAUACAAUAUAAAGUUAUAAGUCAAAGUUUAAAAUAAAGUUCUAUUGCAUAAGCUAAGGCUAUUGAAGAUGGAGUAUUUUUAACGUGUCGUCCAUGUUGGAAGGCAGAAAAGCUUCCACUUAGUCUGUCCAAGAAUACUGUCACGUUUGCACAAGUGAUCUUGCCUCAGUUUGCAAUUGCUUCAUUCUUGAUCCUGAUUGCUUGCUGCUUUGGGCAUGGGGCAAGAGAGUCAAAUGUGGGCUCUCAAUACCUCUUGUUGGUAAAAGCUAUGCUGCUUUCUGUGUGACCAAUGGCAUGUCUCUCUUAAUAAUGAGCCUCUAAUUCUUUCUUGUUUUCUUAUUGAUUGGUGUUUUCGAGAAGGGUCUAUGUAUACCCUAGCUCUCUAAUUGCUAAGAUUCUAGAGUACCACGGUGUCCAGCUGUGAACUUCCAGUUCUCAUAACUCCUUUUCCUAAAGGUGAUAUUCCCUCCAAAGAUAACAAUACAUAAACAAUGCAUGUUCAUUGUUGGGAAUUUAAAAGUGUGGAAAAACACAUAGGUCAGCUGAAACCCCUUGCCACCACCCUUUGACAACUGUGUGCUGCCGUAAGCGUGUCAGCAUGGCCACCCUGCCCUGUAUUAGGAAGCAUGGCUCCUCUCUGCCCUCUCUUCCCUCUCUCCUGUUGGGUAAAUACAAGGUUGUAAGGCACUUUGUCAGGCUGGGCUCAGAGGGAGCCACUAAGGCCGCCGCUGCAGACAAGAAUGAAAACAGUUUUCAGUGGCUCCUUAAGAAUAAAAAGGAGCAGCCAGAGAUGCGUUUGGAGAUCUGUAUUCCAGCUAAUGCUACCCCAACUGAUAGACUGCCUUUAGAUUUGUUUUCCCUUAAUAUAAAUGUUUACACAUACAUUUGAGUGAUAAAAAAAAAUGGAUGUCUGUAUUUUUUGUUUUCCCCACAAAAUAAAAGUGUUUGUGCAUUUCU